UAUAUAUAUAUAUAUAUAAGGGAGAAAAAAAAAAAAGAAAGGAGAGAAAGAUUUAUCUCUCUCUUUCCUGGUGUGCUUUCAUGAGAAGACGACGGUGCUUUCAUGAGGGAUUAAACAGCGAAAAAACAGCGGAGCCGUGAGACCAGUAGCGACAACAUGCGGGAGAAAAGAUGGCUUCUGCUCGCUUUGUUCGGAAUCUUAUUGAUCAAUGCGGUCACGGAUGGGAUGAAGGCUACGAGACCGAAAUUUAAAAUCGCAACGACUUCGACGACGACAACCACUACCGAGGAAUCACCGAUCGAGGAAAACGAGAACGAAGAUGCGACAACCUCAAAUUCAUCGGAAGGUAACGCAACAACCGGGCACACGUUAACAGGAAUCCCUCAAAUUGAUUAUAUUUGGGAUCCAAAUUUGCCUCGUGAAUUGAACGGCUACAAUCUCAGUGAUUAUCCAUUCUACAACAGUAUUCCAGAGGACAUUGACUUCAAGUGCGACGGCCUACACGAUGGUUUUUAUGCGAGCGUACCUCAUAAGUGUCAGGUUUAUCAUCACUGUCUAUUCGGCACUCGUUACGACUUCCUAUGUGCAAAUUUCACGGCAUUCGAUCAGAAAACCUUCAUUUGCCAUUUCGUGUCUGAGGUAGAUUGCGCCAACUCAAAAAAGUACUGGCAUAGGAACGAUGCCCUUUACAAGGCGACAACCAGCUCAACGACCUCGACAUCAACUACGACUACAACGACUGUUGCACCUGUCACAGUGGCUUCCUUGUCGAAUGGGCGAGUUUCUUCUCGCGAACGAGAUUUAAGACGAAGAAGACCAUAUUCAAGAAGGAGACCUUAUGAGUAUUACGAUGAGGAUUAUUACGAUGACGAAUACACGCGACCACGUGGAUACGAUAGACGCGAUGAUUACGAAUACGAAGAUAGGAAAUAUAGAAGAGAUAGAGAUAGAGAUGUCAGGGAUCGAGAUCGUGAUUUUCGUGAUAGGGAUACUACUAGAUCCAGGGAUACAACUAUCAGAGACGAAAGAGAUCGAGACGUUCCUCCUAGGGAUAGAUAUCCAACUAGAAAUAACAGGAGAGAUCAAACAAGGCAAAGAGAUCCACCAAAAGAGGAGACCAGAGGCUUGAAAACUAGAGAACAAGAACAAUCUAGAUCGCGAGAAAUUGAGGACCCAGAAUUGGAUGAUCGAAGAAUCGAUUCGAGGGCUAGAGAUAACGACGAUAGAAGGUAUUCCGAUAAAAGGUUUAGGGAUGAUUACGAUGAUAAAGACUCCGGUGCUCUGCCAGGUCAAGGAUCGGUCAGUGUUACCGAAGGACUCGUCAAACCAGCUGCUCCAAUCACUUCGGUCUAUUCCAGACCAAGGGCUCCUCCUAAAAUUCGAAGACCGGUACCAUUAUCCGAACAAGACCGCUAUGCAUAUAAGUCCACGUCUGCGCAAUCUACUGAAGAACCACGAAGACGACCGGUUGAUUUUGAAGAUGAUUAUUACGACGACGAAUUAGAAGAUGUCAGACCAAUGAGACGACCAAUCAGACGUAGACCGAGUUAUAGGGAAAGAGAUAGAGAUCGUGAUUUCUACGAUGUCAGGGACAGGGAACGAGAUCGACCCUUCAGAAUUCGAUAUCGCGAGGAUGAAGACGAUAUACGACCCAGGAAGCAUCCCGAUCGCUCGAGAGACCGUUACUACGAUAGGGAACGAGAAAGGGAUCGUAGUUUGGAACGUAAUAGAGAUCGAUCGGUUGAUCGUGGAAAGGAUCUCUCCGCUCCGAGAUCCUUGGAUCGCGAUCGUGGAAGAUAUCAAGACGCUGACAGAAUUGAGAGACCGUAUUCUUCUAAUCGACCUCUAGAACGGGAAAAAGACAAUAGACAGACAAUAGACGAGAAAUCUCGAUCGUCCUUCAGAUCGAAAGAUUUAUCAGAUACCACGGAGACAUCUAGAAGACCUAUCUCAACGACGAGUACAACGUGCAUGCCGGAAAUGCCUGUGGUGCACGAAAUAAAACCGGAAACAAAGCAAAUACCCGUUGAUCGUUUCGAAAGACCAGAACGUCCAACGAGACCACCUCAAUCGCAUAACACCAACAAUAAUAACAAUGGUGCUCGGGUAUCAUUCGAAGAGAAAGAAGAAAAUCUUGGUGAGAAAUCUAUUAUUAAGCCGCUUCAUUAUACAACCUUCCAAGAACGAGAUCAAGAAGAAGAAGAGGAACAAGAUCAUCGAAACCCUCAACUACAACAACAUCAUACAUCAUCUUACUCGGAGGAAUACUCUUCGGAAUAUUAUGACGAACCAGAGGAUCCACCAAUUCCUCCCCCAAGGACAACCGUACGUAUCGUCAAGAGACCAUUUUUACCAUCACGUGGUGGAGUUCCUAAUCCUAGAGGACUUUCGCCGGUUGGUUCGAAAGCACCAAGAAGAGAGGACGACAGAAGUACGGAAAGAACGAGUCUGCAACAACAACAUGAGGAAAACCACAAAGGUUAUUAUGUUCCUGAACAAGAGAGCAAACGAAUUAAUCAGGAUGGUAAACGCGAAGAAGAGAAACGAACGUACGACGCUUACAAAGUAAUUCAAAGCGAUCUUCAACAAAAACAAAGACAGGAAGAAUAUGAUAUAACUAUAGCCAGACCGAUAUUACGUAGACCUGUCGAAAGACAACGCGAAGAUGAAGAAACGAAAUCUUUAGAAUUAAAUCCUAUACCUAAAACACCUUCCACCGAAUCUUAUGAAAAAAUUCAGAAAACACUUGACCUAGGAGUGCCGACGAGUAACAACAAGUGGUCUACCGAACAAUUUAUCAGUAACAAAGAAAACAACGAUGGUAUAAUACCAACGUCUUCGGGAUCACCAAUUCGUAACAAAAGCAGACAACCCGUCACCGAAACUUCCAAUCUCUAUAGCUCGACUUACAAAGAGGAAGACAUCCACGAGCAACCUUCUGGACCAAGUAGUUACCGAGUGAAACAAAGGAUAAAUGAGGUGACGCAUAAACUUCAGGAUAUUCCGGAUAGCGAGUAUGACGUCACGCUAAACGAUGCCCUGACACCGACAUUAAAUCAAGAAACCAACUUGCCGAGUGGUUUCGUUUUGCCUCUUCACAGACAACUCAGUAGAGACACGGUCUUGCAAUCGUCCGAAGACAAUUACAAAAUCUCCAGACCAAUCGGCCAGCAACAACAAAAGCCAUUUGUACCGAGCCCUCAGUUCGAUCCAGCACCAGCUGUCCCAAACGACAGACAACGAACUGUUUAUUAUAGAACACCGGAAUCAAUUCCAUACAGUGGACAACAUUACAGACAACAAAGUGGACCUUGGCAAGAUUAUACCGGUUAUUAAAGAGAUACUCGUCGUAAAAGAGGGAUAAAAAUUAGAAGAAAAAUGGGAAGAAAAUUGGUCACAGAACAAAUUUAAAGAUUUCCCAAGUAUUCCUUUAAGUUCUCAAUGUUGAUUGUUCACAUACGAAGGUUCUCGUGAGAGAUUGGCUCGUGACAAGAGGAAUUAUAUGUGGAUGGAUAUUGUGUAAGGUUUAGCAGAUUCUUUGAUGUCUUUCAUUUCGAUUAAUUACACAAUAUGAUAAAGAAAUAUCGUCAAAUAAUUUUCAAUACAGAAUUAAAUGAUUAGCAAUAAGUAAAAAAAGGAAACAAAUGUUCGAUUAUACCUGCGUGAGAUACUUAUUGCAGAAAAAGCGCUCGUUCUCUUUUUCUUUUCCUAUUUUUUUUUUAUUUAUGCAGGGUUGCCGAAAAUCAAAUCAUUAUAUUAAACGCAUUUCAAGUAAAACAUAUUUUUAAAUCGUCGCUCCUAUAGAAUUAAAACGAUAUAUCUAUUUUAUCAAACAAAGUAGUCGAUCUAACUAUAUUAGUGAAAUUCUAUAUUUUUUAAACGAUCCCUAUAAUGUGCAUGAAAUAAAAAAACCUCAUCUAAUACGAUUUAGUUGUCUAUCAACAAGUUUAUUUUCUAAACUACGAUAACUUUUGAGAUUUCUUUCACGCGGCCUCAAUUAUUAUUAUAUUUUUUAGAGACGUAAAGAUAACAUAGAAAAUAUAAUCGACGAUGGGAGAGACCUUUAGCCUUCAUCUCGUCGAUUAAACUUGUAAAUAUACGUACGAUUAUCGAUAUCCUCUCGAAUUAAAUUAUUUCUUAUAAGAGCGAUAAAUAAUAUAGUUUUCUCCUAUAAAGAUGUUACUUACACGUUUCAUAUAAUUCGUCAAAUAAAAUUAUAAUAUAUUAGAUAUUAGAGCGAACACAACGAACUUCCUGAGUGUAUAUCUUACAUCAUGAUAAUAAUGUAAAUUAUAUUAUCGAUACUUGCGUACGACAUAAACAAAUAUAAAAAGGAUUUCUUUAAAGUAUUCGUCAUUUGAUACCUUCAAACAGCAUCCUUAAUUAUACUUAUAACGAUCAACUUUUUUUUCAAGCAAGACAGUGAAUAUUAUUUUAGUAAGAAGUUCGAAAAUGUUUAUUAUUAUAGUACAAAUGAAAUAAUUUACGCAACGAAAUUAUUAUUAAGCGCUCUCCGUAAAUGCCAAUGAACAAACAGUAGGUCAGAAAAUAUACCUUACAGUUCAAACGGUGAGCGCAUACCUUUGGAACCAAACGAAUUUUAUAUAUAUAGACUUACGUAUAAUUAUAAUAUUAUUCAAAUACGGAGAAGUAUAUUAAAAAAUAUUUGUAUUACGCCACACACAUUAAUUAUGAAAAAAUUUGUGAAUAUCGAGCUUGUGCCGAAAAAAAUUAGUGUAUCAGUCAAUAACAGACGUCCGUUAAAAGAUAACAUAAUUUACAUCACAGAGUCAAAAUGACAACUUCUUAAAAAAAAAACCACGGAUACACAAAAUAUACGACAUCUUAUUCCUAAAAAGAAUCAAAGGAAGCUCAAAACUAAGCAAUUGUAGGAUCAUCUUGACGAAAUACGGAUAAAUAAUACUGUGACAAGUAUAUAACAUAUUUCAAUGAAAAUUUGCGUAUACGUGGCUAUUGCUAAAAACAGUUAACAGUUACGAUAUUCAGUCAAAUCACUGCGAUGCGACAUUGACGACAACGUGAUAGAUGCACGACACAACAAAUAAACAAAAGAGUCUUCAAGUAAUUCAUUGAUCUUAUUACAGAAUAUAAUUUGUUGCGGCAAAAAUAGAUUACUUAAAAA